AUGUCCUCUCCUCCGCCAAAGGGCAUCUACGUGCCCGUCCCCACGUUCUUCGCUUCCAAAAAGGCCGCCAACUACAACGCCAUCUCCUCGCCUGUCGAUGUUGAGACACAGGUUGCUCACGCCGUUUACUUGGCUAAGAAUGGUAUCAAGGGUGUAGUUGUCCUCGGUACCACAGGAGAGGCUGUACAUAUCCAUCCUAGAGAUCGCCAUGCCAUCCUCAGUGGUGUCAAGGCUGGUCUGGAGAAGGAGGGCUUCAAGGACUACCCUAUCGUUGCAGGCACGGCAACGAACAGUGUCGAGGAGACUGUUGAGCAACUCAAGGAUGCUCAAAAGUCUGGUGCUCAAUGGGGUCUGACUCUUGUGCCUGGAUACAAUGCUGCUGCCGUUACACAGGAGGGUCUUGUUCAGUGGUUCACUGCAGUGGCUGACCAAAGUCCUAUUCCUGUCAUGAUCUAUCACUACCCCGGAGUAUCCAACAAUGUCAAGGUCGCCGUAUCUACCUACGUUACCCUCGCCAAACACCCCAACAUUGUGGGAUGCAAGUUGUCCCACGGCGACGUGUCAGUAGCUGCGCAAAUCGCCUCCAACCCAUCUAUCGACCACAGCCACUUCCACGCCUACACAGGUCUCGGCCAACAGCUGCUCCCUGUGGUUUCAGUGGGCUUUGUGGGUGCCAUUGACGGCUCAGCUGGCUUCUUCCCCAAGUCACUGGUGCGACUUUACGAGUUGUCGACAAAGACACAGCCCACAGAUGCUGAGAUCCAGGAGCGAAGGGUCCUGCAGUUCAAGGUGAGCUCGAUGGAGGAGCUGGUGGUCAAGUUUGGCACUGUUGGUAUCAAGGAAGCUAUUAGCAGACUUAGGGGCUUUGGAGAUAGUGAUGGAACGAGAUUGCCGCUGAUGGGAGGCAUCCCAGGUGGUGAUGCAGAAUGGGCCAACUGGAAGGAAGUUGUUGGAGCUGUGGAUGAGGUUGAGAAGUCUCUGUAA